AUGGAAGGACCCAAAAACCGAAAACAGCGCCGCGCAGCAGCGAAACAAACCCGAUCCACCGACGCGUUUGAUCCCGCCUCCGUCCCGCUCGCCCAUCCACCAACAAAUCCCACCAACCCGACCGGCAAAACCCUGGUGGAUAUCAUCGCCGAGCGACAGGGGGAACUACUGGGGCAGCUCUCCAGCCCCAACGGGGGUGCAGGUGCAGGCACGCAGACACAGUUCGUGACCGUCGACCCGCGGACGGGGGAGAUCUCGGCCGUCGACGAGGCGAGUCUCUCGAGCGAGACGAAGAAGAAAGCGAUGAAGCGGGCGGAGAAGUCGCGGCGGCGGCAGCAACAACAACAGCCGAACACGGAGGGAGGCGAGAACGAGAUCUCUAGCGAGGACGAGGAGGACGAGGAGGAAGAAAAGCUCGAACAUCCAAUCCCCCCCGUCAUCGACACGCUGCUCCUCGCGGUGCCGCUGACGACCCUCCAUCUGACGCUCGCCUACCUGGCCGCCCAUCAGUACGCGCAGGAGAUCGAGCUGGAGAAACUCGUCCGCGAAUCCGCCCUCGUGGCCCUCCCCAUGCUGACGCUGUUGAUCCACCUGGCGCACGGGCAUAUUGUCUCCUUCAUUGGGGCGACGAACAGGCCGGGAGAAGAAACGCUCUCACUCUUGCCGUGGGACCGGGAGAAGCGGUCGUGGGCGUUUUUGCGCCGCCUCCUCUUCCCGCCGAGUCUACGCACCGUCGUCUUUCUCCCGCUGACGGUCUUUCUGGGGUGCAGGUUGAUGGUCAUGACCAACGAGGACCCCUACUACGCUGUCAUGAAGCAGGCGCCGGCUUUUGGAACUAUGUGGAUUUGGGGGGUGUUGGAGAUGUCCUUUGGACCUGCUGUGCUGGGGGCGCUGGGCCCGUUGGUUUGGGGGGUCUGGUGGAUGGGCUAUGGGAUUCUCUGA